GUCUCCGUCUCGGUCCUGAGUGCGCGCGUAGAAGUUAGUAGUGGAGUGGAGGUGGUGGUUAUUUACUUAUUAAGCGUGAGUGAGUGGUGUCGGAGUUGUUGCAUAAAUUGGUUGUCACAUAGUGAGCAACAUCACCACUCCACCACCCACCCUUCCCACGCUACCAUCUCUUUCUCUCUCUUUCUCUUUCUAUCUCAUAACUACUUCCCACCCACUUUCUAUCCAUUACCCAACUAUGAUACCCACCGCCACCGCCAUCCCCACCCCCACCACCACUACCAUAUAUCCUUUUUCCAUCCUUCUCCUUCUACUACCACCACUACUCAUCUUCUUUACAUUAUUUUCACAAGCUUACCCUUUUGUUCCACGAUGUCUACUCCUCCCGCUCGCCCGCCAUGCUGGACCCAAGAAGAAACUCUCGCUCUAAUCGAAGCUUACCGCGACAAAUGGUUCUCUGUCAACCGUGGUAACUUGCGUGCUGCUGAUUGGGAUGCUGUUUCUGCUGCUGUGAGUCAAUCAUCUGUUACUCACAAGUCUUCCUUGCAGUGUAGGCAUAAGAUUGAGAAAUUAAGGAAACGCUACCGCAUCGAGAAAAAGAGGUGUCUUGAUUAUCCUGGUAGGUUUUUCUCCUCUUGGGAUUUGUUUCCUUUGUUGGAUGCGAUGUCUAUUGCUUCCUCCUCUUAUUCUAAACGCCGUCGUGUUCUUCAAGAUGAUACUGCUAAUGAGAUUGGAGGUAGGUCUCGAAUCAAAACGUUUGGGGAUAGGUAUUUGGUAGCAUCUAAGAACGUUGAUCAGGGUUUUGACCCACAUGUUGAUUUGGGUUUGGAUCAAGAUUUGGCUUUCAGGACUAGGGUUCAUGAUGGGAAUCAUUCUGAUGGUAAUGUUGCUGAUGUGAAUUCUGUUUCUGUUGCAUUUAGGUCUAAGGAUUAUACAAGGGCUGUUAAUGGUAAAUUCAAGGCUGAUAUUGAUUUCUAUUGUAACGAUGAAAGUGGAGUUAUGAAAACAAAAAAUUCACAAGGGCCUGCACCGAAAGCUUAUGGCAAGAUCAGUGGAAAUAUUGUUGAAAACGUUGAUGGCUAUCUUGGGUUUCCUUUAAAAACCUUAGGUGAUGUGCCUACAGGAUUUAACCCAAAAAUUUAUACAAAGACUGAUGAUAGGAAGUCCAAUUCUAAGUUUGAUUAUGAUGUGAACUGUACAAGUGAUAAAAGAGAUACGUUUGAAGAAAGUAAUGGUUUGCUAUCGCCACCUCCAGGUUUUAGACAAAAGAACCCUUGCAGGAUUGGUGGAAGCUCUAAGCCUGAUGGUAAUUCUGAAGUUGUAAAUGGAAAUGGUAAUGUCGAGAAGAGUGACACUGAUAAUACUAGUGCCAAGAGAGUCAUGGACCCAAUUGCAGAGCUACUGUCAGCAUUUAGGCUGUCUGCUAAAAGUUUUGUCAAAGUAGAGAAAAUGAAGAUGGAAAUGGCAAUCGACAUUGAGAAAAUUAGGAUGGAGACGAUGUUAAAGCAUAACCAGAUGAUACUCGAGUCGCAACAACAGAUUAUUGACGCAUUUGCAAAAGCAGCAUUAGAAAAAAAGAAGAGGAGAAAGAGAAAAGAAAUGGAGGUGUUAUCACCUUAUCAAGACAUAGAUGGAGGGACUCAAGUUGCAGCCAUAGACUGAAAGCAUUGGCAACAGUGAUAAUUGCUAAACUUGCAGCAAUAGACUCUGAAAGCAUUGAAAAAAAAGGUAUUGCUAAAGAAUAAUAUUGAGAUGGUUUCACUUGAAUCUUGAUUGUCGGAAUGAACAGGAGGUUUGAUUGUGGCCCUUUUUUGGAUGUUUAAUGAGUAAUGCUGUACAUUACAAAUUAACAAAUCAUACAAAGAGACUUGCCAUUCCAUUCCAUAUAGCAAUAAAAUGGUCUACAUGUAGAUGUCUCUUUUUCUAUUGUAAAUAGCAACAACUCUACCACUUGAUUUUAUUUUUAAAUUUAUUUCUCGGUGUAUUUUAGAACCUUGAUAAUAAUGAUUAAGCUGGUUAGUUCAACUA